GAGGGUGUGAGGACUUUGGGUGGGGAGGCCUGGAUGCUGAGCUGGUAGGUGGGCAAUGGGUUAGACAAAUUAGAGGAGAGCACUCAACCACGUCUCUUCCUUUCACCUACAGAAAGUCAGGAGCUGCGGCUAGACUGGAGCAUGCCAUCCCCGGGAGUAAAGGGUGCACGGGAGCGGGCCAAAAAGAGUGAACCAGGAGCUGGAGCUGGCAAGAAAGGCAUGAAGGGCCCGUGGACUACAGAGCCUCCGAAGCCAGGCUGGGCUUUGACUCAGGAGAGGCUGGUGGCCAUGCUCCCCAAACAACGCCACCGCUACCUGCUCUUUGGAGACCUGCUCGACGACGCAGGCGCGGCUGCCUCCAUCUUUCCACGCGAGUCAGUGGAGAUACCCUACUGCAUGCCCGACCCACGCAUGUGGACGCAGGCAUUUGAACCACCAGCUGAGCGUCAGAAUAGGCUUCUGGGCGUUCUCAAGGCCGCAGAAGCCCGCGGCCGAGUGCGGGCGCUGAGGUUGCGCUACACCCGAAUGAGGGUAUGCAAAGGGCCUACUGGAAGCGCCCCCCCGCCCCCGAAAGAGGGCCCACCCUGCUGGAGGGAGGAGGCAGAUAGAGAGUUGCCUCUGGACAGCUCACCAGGGUUGCUCAGUAAGCUCGCUUCCCAGGCAGAGGAAAUCGCUCUCCUGAUCCAGAAGCAGGGCUCCGCACGCGCCGCCAUCCGGCUAGAACUGUUCCUACCACCCCAACUGAAGCCCACGAAGAUCCCCGAUCCUCUGGGCCGUCAAGAGCGGAGGCGUGUUGAGACAAUCCUGGAAGAGGCUGUAGAUGGCAGCAUCUUCCCACGAUGACUGCGACCUUGGCCUACAGAGACCCUGGAUUAGAGCGGCUCCCCACCCUCUCACAUAAAGUUCUCUUCAGAGGGUGUUCGGGUCUUUUCCCUGUUUUGCUCCUGGGUUCCCAAUGGGAAGGGCAAGCAUGGAUGCUGCCUCUCCCACAGCCACAGUCACAGACUUCAGGGUACAAGAGAUGCGCUCUCCAAAGUAAGAUGUCGGUGUGUGAAUGUUAAAGUAACAGCACGGGACACUCCUAUGUCCCAACCAUCUGUCCCCAUCAGGCAAUGGGUGCUGUUCAGGGCCAUCGAGGUGAGUGGGGGCGGGGGGGGGCGCGGUACUAAUGAGGAAAAGGAUAGGGAUGAGCCUGCCUGGACACUCCCAGAAAUCAGGGAUGUCUCCAAAGUUAGGGUCAUUCCAUCUGAGGACUGGGGUGGCAUCCUAGGAGGGGGAAUGAUUGCAAAGCCAAAGCUGGCCUUUGGAGAGUCCAGUCAUGCCCAGAGGAUCAACAAGGUUGUGAAUGGGGUCCUCCUCUCCAAGGUCCCUGGAUGGUGGGACAAGACUCACCCAGAGCCUCCCUUUCAUCAGAAACAGCCUCCUGUGCCCACUCAUCCACCAAACACGGAGCACAAGAAGGAAGCCACCCAUCCUGUUCUGACCACUAGAUUCUGAAAAGCCCCUUGUUUCUGGGCAGCUUAUCUUCCUCUUCUCCACAGCAUGGGCUCUUUGUAGAACCUGUGGUCUUUUGGCCCCUUGGUCCCUUGGCCUUGUCCUCCUUCCCAGCCCCUACCCAGCAGGUUGCACAGAGAUGGAAGCUGUAGGGAGGUAGACAGCUCCCUGGCCCUGCAUGAGAGCUCCCACUGGUUCUGCAUGGAACAGAGAACAGAAAGGAGGGAGAAGAGAUCAAAACUGUGGUCCAGAAGGAUCUUACUGACUGAUGGCCAGCUCCCAGGGCUCUGUUUCCUCAGCUGGUCUUCUCCCCCUGUACAUGACCCUUCUCACUUUCUGGCCUAUUGGUGCCCUGGGCCUUAAUCCAAACCCAAAUGGCAGCAAUCACAAAUCAUCAGCAGUUCUCAGGAGGAAGGGAGGGGGGGUUCAGGCAAUGAGAAGGAUGGCAGAGCAGGGAAAUGGUAAGUUUGUAUGGGAUGACUCAUCCCUAACAGGCUUGAGGACCAGCCAGCCCAAACCAGUAAAAAAAAGAUACUUUCUGAGAGCCAACCUGGGUCUGCCUAAAGGCCUUAGCAACAGCAGCUGAGACAUGAUCUGGAGAUGACCUGUACCAAUGAUAGGCAGCCAUGUCACACCAGCAGAUGCAUAUUCAUCAGACCUUCCCUCAGGGUGGGGUGGAGGAUAUAUAAUACUUGCCUCUUCGUGAAUAAACUGAGCAGCUUGUUUCAACAUUC